AUGAGACUGUUCCUGAUUCAGAUGCCUUAUCCACUUUCGAAGAUCGAUUUUGUUGCUACUCGCUCGUUUCCGGUCGGUGGCAUGGAGAAUUGGGGGCUUGUCGUAUUCAAGAACGAAGUGCUGCUCCUCGAUUCAUUGCUUGAAAAAUCACCACUGAAAUGUUUAGACAAUGCAAAUAUGUCAGUGGAUUUACUCGCUCAGCAGUAUGACAUCCAGAAAAUAAUCACGCACGAACUCGCUCACCAAUGGUAG